GCGCGAGGGAAAAGUAGGGAGAAUCUCCGGACUCAUUCUCUCUUCCCCACGUCCGCAACUUGUCCGCUGGCACAUGGGCGCCGGCCGGAGCCGCUAGCAGCGGAACAGCCCCGCAGCACCCGUCUAGCACCGCACAGCGCCCGCACAGCCAGCGAGGCUGCCCGCCGCGGAUUGCCGGUCUCCGUGCAUGCGAGGUGUGAAGCUGGGCAGAGCCCCUGAGCCUUCGCCAUGGAUUUUGUGAUGAAGCAAGCCUUAGGAGGGGCUACCAAGGACAUGGGCAAGAUGCUGGGUGGGGAUGAGGAGAAAGACCCUGAUGCUGCCAAGAAAGAAGAGGAACGACAGGAAGCCCUCAGACAAGAAGAGGAGGAGAGGAAAGCCAAGUAUGCCAAGAUGGAGGCUGAAAGAGAAGUUAUGAGACAAGGGAUUCGAGAUAAGUAUGGGAUAAAGAAGAAGGAGGAAAAAGAAGCAGAGGCCCAGGCUGCACUGGAAGCUAAUGCUGAAGGAAGCCUGACUCGACCAAAGAAGGCUAUUCCUCCUGGCUGUGGGGAGGAGGAGGAGGAGGAAGAAGAGAGCAUUCUAGACACAGUCAUCAAAUACCUACCAGGCCCUCUGCAGGACAUGUUCAAGAAGUAAUAACUGCAGACUGCUAGAUGGGCAUAAACAGUACUGCAAAGGAUUUCUCUUUUGCCCAAUGGGGAUUUACAAUCUUGCCAUCCAUCAUGCACCUCUGCCCUCUAAUGCUCACUAGGAGCCCUUUUGCUUCCCAUUCCCCACUGCCUCUUCCCUUUGCCUCUACCCCAAGACUCAUCAGUCCUUUUUUUGUACAUAGUCACAUCCAGUAGAUGCCUCUGAAUGGAUGUAAAGAUUAAAAAGCUGCAGACUACACAACUUUUAUUAUAAGCCAUAGUACUGUGUAUGUUAAAUAAGGCAACUGUACAUUAAGCAUAGAAAAGGAACAACCUCACAUGCAUUUUGACCCAAAGCAGGAAGAAGUGUUCACUAAUUGUGAACAGUAUCCUUUCAGUUUUCUUCUUAUUAUUAUUAUUGAUAAUAAUUGCUAGUUAUUUUUAUUAAUGCUCUUGUUAAUUGGGUCACGCUAGACAUUUGUUGUUGAGCACAUCUACUCUUGGAAGGAACAUCUCAGUUUUCUCAUGGAAGCAGAGCUUUUCAGUUUUAAUUCCAUCACUGGCAUAAAUAAAAAAUCAUUUGGAAGCUAAAUCAUGCAUGAUUUACACAGCUGACAUCACUCAGAAGUAUAGAAGAAGUGAGUCAUCUGCCCUCAGAUGCUGAUAGAAGUUAAAUGCCUCAAAAUCUAAGCAAGAGUCAUGUCACUUUGGGAAUUAGCCAUACGCUUAACUUGGAAGAGCAGAUUUGGUCUGACAGGUGCCAUGCAGAAAGCCAGAACUACUAUGGGGUGUGUGGUACUGUUAGAGGACCUCUCCACCCCUUGGAAGUCAGUGACCAAGAAUGUUGGCCUCUCUGAUUAACUAAACUUCCUCUUUCAGUCCAGUGCCAUAUUUGACAAUGUCAUUCCCAGCAGUGCUUUCAGGAUAGGCAUUUGGCCUCCAGUCUAUUGCUACUGCUGUGUUCUACCCAUCCUUCAGUGCAGUUGUGGGAGAAAGUGAAAGUUAGACAUGACACUGGAGAGCCAGAAAUUCUAAGUUUCCUACGUCUCAUACUAAAUUGCUCUGCUGCCUUGGAGAGGUAAUUUAUUUUUCUGAUUCAGCUUCUCCAACUGUUAAAUUGAGCUUUCAGUCUAUACCUACUGUAAAAGGAUGUAGUAAGGAUGGAUUGCACAAUUCUUCACCAGUGCUUUGCAGGAGCUAAUUAAUAUUAUAGCAGUGUGUAGUGUCUGUUGAUUCUAUUAAGGUAUGAAAAAAUCUCUCUCAACAUUGUCUUUCAUACCUUCGCCAGACAUAGGUACAGAUAUUUUCCAGUACAGCAUGGUAGGUAUUGAGUAACUAAAUAAGAAAAACUAAAUUCUUCUGAAGAUGUUGACUUGCUAGUACACACACAAUCACAUAUAUCAACAGAUUUAUUUUGAACAAAAUCCCUUGCUAAGUUUUCUGGACUGUCAUCUGAAGAUGUGAUCAUAGAAUUUUUGUAUUUGGCUACAUCACUGUAGUAGCUGCUGUAAGAGCAUCACACCUUCUCAGUCUCACAAUCUUGUAAGAUAAUCAUAGAAUCAUAGAAUAUCCCAUGUUGGAAGGUACCCAUAAGGAUAAUCAAGUACAACUCCUGUUCCACUGUUAUCCCAGGUUUUUCUUACACGGGUUCACCUAAUUCAAUAACAUGGUAUCUCUUUUUAGAAAAGGUAGUUUCCUUUCCUUUAAGGGUGAAUCUUGGCCUCCACACCAGUUUUUCAAAGCCCACAUUAAGGUGGUAGGAAUCUACUGAUUAAAAAAGAUGGAGGACUUGUAGUUCACCAGAAUGCAUCACAUACAAUGGAAAGGCACCAUCUCAACAUAAUCAGGGUUUGCCUCACAGAAGUAGUAUUGUUUGUCGCUAUCGUGGAAACAACAGAACCAACAACAGAACCAACAACAGAAAGGAAAGCAAUCUGAGAUACCUCAUUAGGUACCUAAAAUUAAGCAUUUUACUCUAAUGGAACUUAUUUGAUUCAGUUGUUCAGCAUAACUGAGCUUAGGCAAAUAUUCCUGUACUUUUCUAAAUCCGGAAUUUUAAAAGAUACUUGUCAUCCUAUCAAGUAAGCAGAAGCACCAUAGUUAAGGCAAUGAGCCUUAACUAUGUAAACUAAUAUGAAUUCUGUGCCUUUUAGCAGCAUCUUGUAAAAAAAAUUAUUGUGAAACAAAAGAAAUAUACUACUCACCCAAUCAUCAUUCAGGUAUAUCAGCAGUCCUUGCUGCUUCACAACUAACUUCAGUGGCAAGCUUCUACCAAAUCUCAGGUGGAAGCUGAGAAUGUUUAACUGAUCUACAAGUCAGAACCAGCUGAUAAAAAGGCAAUUUGUUCUGAGUUGGAUCUACAAACGAGACAUGUUCAUUCUAGUGCAAACUGCCAUGAGUUUUGCAAUGGAAAAGGAAGUCAGGUUUUACUCUUUCAGAUAAUAUCAGCAGUUUUCUGCCCUUUCAUUUAGAGCAAGAUCAGUGUGUCCCAAUAGGACUUCAAUGACCCAGAAUACUCUUUAACUCUGUAUCAAUGCUUGGGUAGUGCUGAGCAACUUACCAUUUUCUAGGGAGAGUGUCAUACUCACUCCAUGCAAAUUCAGCAACUACUAAUUUUGAGCUUAUUUAAGUAGAUCUCAAAGAACUGAAAAUUCUCCUGUCACAAAGGCAGCAGCUUUUUUUGAUGCUCUGACAGAGAACUUGAUCCAACACCCCUGAAAGCUAAGAGGCAGAGAUCCUGUCUCUUUGCUCCAGCCAUUCAUUGGCAGUGAAAUCUGCUGACACACUAACAUCACAUCUUCUGAAAUGCACUGACUGAUGUGAGUGGUCUAUGUUUUCUAAUGCAUAAGUCGAACCAGCACAAAAGUUCCUCUGCUUAAAGAGACAUAUUCAUUUAUUUAUAUUCUCCCCUGGUCUUGUCAUGGAGGAAUCAACAAACAAAAAAACAAGAGGAUGAACUCACACUGCUUUGCUUUGGAUUUUCUCUUAGAUUUGCUUGUUGACAUAUCCCUAGCCCCUAUCAUGGACUCAUUUCCUCAUCCAGUCAAAUACUGUCCAUGGGGCAGAAGCAGGGUUUGCUAUGCUGUCCCGUAUGUUGGAUGAUACUGCCAAUUGUUUGUUUGUUUUCAGUCUCCCUGGCACCUUGAUGGGUGUGCUUGUGUGUGGAAGAUGAAACGAGAGAGGAUCAGGAGAGAGAACAGAGGGAUAUUUGAUAUAAUUUUUUCUAACUGUGCCUCAACAGCUGUGCCAUUGACUGGUCUAAGUCAGGAUCUUGUGUGGCCUAUGCUUAAAUGUCGUAAGCAGGUAGUAUUGUUCCCAUGCUUAGAGUAUUAAAAAAAAAAAAAUUCACUCUGUGAGCUGAGCCCCUGAGCUGUGUGUACAUCUAGAUCCAAACUCUGAAAAAUGCUGUGAGAACACUGUGUGGAGUUUGUUACAAGCUAGGCUCACAGAGCAGGAGGAAAAGGGGAAGUGGUUUAUUAAAUAAUACUUGCUGAGCAUUUUUCAUUGUCGGAGAUUUCCAGUCCAGCCAUGUCAUCAUUUCUGUACCUCAGCUCUCCCAGCCCACAGUAGACCUUACUCCACGGACAGCAGAGUUCGGCCAUUUGUGAGCUGCCAGGCAUGAAUUUUCCUUUUAAUUUUCAUUUCUUUCAAUAAAGAAACAAGACAGAAGACCUAUUACAGGUACUGGGCAGAUUUUUCUUGAUUUUGCCUCACAUAACCUUUGGCACCUUGCAUGAGUUCUGGGCCUCUCCCCAAGUCAUUCCUUCAUCUCCAAAGUGCCUAAGCCUCUCUGAACAGACUCAAAAGCAGGCACUUCCCCUUCCCUUGUGCCCAUUCUUUCCCCUUCCCGCCCUGCACUACCAACAUGGUGCACAACAUCUUUGGCUGAUGUACAGGUGUGAGAAGCAUUGUCUCAGACACUUUCCCCUCAGCACAAAAGCAGGCAUUGAAGCACUUGAACAAGACCAAAGAUAAGUAUGGUUCAUUGUUUGGAUUCUGAAUUUCUCUUUGUCAUUCCAUGCCAUUGUUUCAUUUGUGUUGCUAGUCUGUUCAAUCUCAGGUAAAUGAGGUCUUUUUUUUUCUUUUCUUUUCCCUAUUUUUUUUUUUGGUUGUUUGUUUCAGGUGGCAGGUGUGGAUUAGUUUUAAUUUACACAGAAAGGUUGGUGGCUAGACACUGCAGCCAUUUUCCUUCACAGCUCCAAGACCUUUCUCGUUACUGAAAAAGAGUCAAAGGGCCUCCACCUUUUGGAGGACAAAUGAGUUUGCCACUGACCUUCGCAAACUCACACCUAUCUUUAGAGAAAGCCAUAUGAAAUCAGACUGCAAUAUUAAUUAUGAAUGAUACUUGUCUUUAAAAUAAAUAAAACGAGAUAUAAGAUCAUGUGCUAGAUCACUCUGGAGUUCCUCAGUCUAUGUUUCUAGUACCAUAUGUUGGCUUAUGUCCUUCCUAGCCCCUUUCCUUCAUCAAUAAACACCAUACCAAUGC